CGAUGGGGGCUGUACAGUGCGAGAGCGCAGCAGAAGAUGCGAAGGGCAGAGUAAUCCACGUCAGCCUCAGGUGAGCUGGGACGGUGGCCGCUCCUGCCCUUUUCUAUUUCUGAGCCCUGCGCGGCUUCCAAUUCCGACGAGCCAAAACAGACGGACGCACACAAAAGCGAAAGGGAGGAGAGAGAGGGGCAGGGCAGAGCAGGAGAGAGAAAUUCGAUAGGGUUCCCAUGCCCCUUCCCCACCGGCCACCACUUGCCAAGCGAAAGCGGGAGUGAAGGAGGGGAGAGUCCCAUUUCCCCAAGCCCUACACGAGAGAAAGAGAGAGAGGGGGGAGCAGAGGAGCACGCUACGAGAGAGGGAGGUCGAGGGAGACAGCAGAGGCUGCAGCAGAGGCCAGAAGCAUUAGAAGCGGCAGUUGUAACCAAGUGGCAUCAGAAGAUAGAGCCAGCCAUCCGUCUAUCCAUCUAUCUAGCUCUACAGGUAUAAAUCCUCGCGCAUCGGUAGGGGGCGAGGGGAGGACCGGGAACCGGAGGGGAUUUCUCGGGGGUGGAGUGGCGGCCAGGACCUCUGAUUGGGCUCCAGUGCGCGAUCUUUGAACGCAGAUUUGGUGCCCGCAAUCUGCCAUGGAUUUGGUUUAAGAUUUGGUGAGAUCGGUCGGGUUCGCGCUGCAAGAUUAGAUUUUUGUGCCUGUUUUAUUCACGAGAUCGCAACAACGAUAUUGCUAAGCAAGAUAAGAUUUCAACUUUUUUUCCCCUGGAUCGAUCUCAGAUUAGGAGGAGCAAAUAAAGCAAGAAUAGAAAGAUUUUUGGGGGAGAAGGCAUGAUGCUGGAAGGGAAGUCCUACCUUGUGUCACGCUCCGUGCCGAGCUCCUGCGAGCCGGAGGCGGAGUGGGAGUACCUCGCCCACGCGGUCCUCAGCGGCAAGCGCCCGGCGCCGGAAGAUGACGUCGAGGUCGAAGACCCGGACGAAACUGGCAGCGGCGGCAAGCGCAGCAAGCCGCCAUCUCCGCAGCCGCACACGCCGGACAUCUGCGAGGGCCACGGCUCCAACCGCCACGCAACCGGUUCCGGAGAGCAGCGGAUCACCGGGAGCAACCCCAUGACUUCGAUCGGUCGUGACCUGACCCUCAAUUGCCUCCUCCGGCUAUCUCGGUCCGACUACGGCUCGGUGGCCUCCCUCAGCCGGGACUUCCGCUCCAUGGUCCGCAGCGGGGAGAUCUACCGGCUGCGGCGCCAGAACGGGGUGGCCGAGCAUUGGGUCUACUUCUCCUGCAACGUUCUCGAAUGGGAUGCCUACGACCCAUACCGGGAGCGGUGGAUCCAAGUGCCCAAGAUGCCGCCUGAUGAAUGCUUCAAGUGCUCCGACAAGGAAUCGCUUGCGGUGGGCACUGAGCUGCUUGUGUUCGGGAUGGCGCGUAUCGUCUUCCGAUACAGCAUCCUGACCAACUCAUGGAGCAGGGCUGAUCCGAUGAACUCUCCGCGGUGCCUGUUCGGGUCAACGAGUGUCGGCGGGAAGGCCUUCGUCGCCGGAGGCACUGAUUGUGUCGGCAACAUACUGAGCUCUGCAGAGAUGUAUGACUCUGAGACACAUACCUGGACGCCCCUCCCGAGCAUGAACACGGCGAGGAAGAUGUGUUCUGGGGUGUUCAUGGAUGGCAAGUUCUACGUGAUAGGUGGUGUGGCCAACAGCAACAGAGUGCUGACCUGCGGGGAGGAGUACGACUUGAAGAGGGGUUCUUGGAGGACAAUCGAGAACAUGUCUGGAGGCCUCAAUGGAGUGACCGGUGCUCCUCCCCUUAUUGCGGUUGUCAGCAACGAGCUCUACGCCGCCGAUUACGGCGAGAAGGAUCUCAAGAAGUAUGACAAGAAGAACAACAGGUGGAUCACCCUCGGAAAACUGCCUGAGCGGUCCGUGUCAAUGAAUGGGUGGGGGCUUGCCUUCCGAGCGUGCGGUGACCGCUUGAUUGUCAUCGGAGGUCCGAGGACCUAUACCGGUGGUACCAUCGAGCUCAACUCGUGGAUCCCAGAUGAGCGGCCGCCCGUGUGGAAUUUGAUUGCCAGGCGGCCAUCUGGGAACUUCGUGUAUAACUGCGCCGUGAUGGGUUGCUGAGUCCACUGAAUAAAGAUACAAGUGAAGUGGACUUCCUCGUAUUUAUGAAGGAUGCUAUCUAUGCACAGAGGCAGCAGCCUGUCCAAUUGCUUCAGCCCUUAUUCUUCUUCAUAGCGAUUUCUGCCGUCUGCGCGGUUCCGGAAUUAACUGGACAUCGGCUGAUUGUCAGCAGUCUCAUGUAACCAUUACGUUCUAAUACUCCUGUUUCCCUGCUAAUCCAUUCCUACAUUUUGCAUUUUCAUCAGCUGAUCGUGAUUCCAAAGAUACGAGACUGUGCAAAAAAAAUGUCAUAUUAAUAAUCUAGAAACAACCUCGAGGUGGUUUUUAUCUAUUGAUGAGGAACCUGUCAAGAAAUGCUACUACUUCUUUUCCGUUCA